UCUCUCACGAAGCACCCACCUACCGCUACAAUACACAAUUUAGAAGGGAAACGCGGCUAGACGCUACAAUUACAAACGUUGUUAUCGACCACAAGCAUCGCUCCAUCCUAGCAGAAGUGGUGUGGUUCAAGGAUAGGAAGGCUUGUCCAUCUCCGUGGAAAGGAAGCACCUGCCUGUCGCCAGUCGCACCUGCCCACCCAACUUUAGGUGAGCGGUGAACACGAGCCAGUGUGCAGUCUCAACACAUUGUUCUGGUCUAAUCGCUUCUCUUCGUCGCCAUGAAUCGCUGGCUCACAAGAAAGAAGGAUAACAGCGAGGAUGUUACGAGUGGGAAGAAGGCAAAGAAGGGCAAGAAGGGACAGGAGGAGGUCAAGCCCGAAUUCAAUCUCAUCACGGCACUGCCCAAAGCGGACGACUUCCGCACAAGCUUGAUCAUGCCAGGCCUGUCUACGCGCUUCAGCAUGUUAAGAGAGCAGGACGACCCAAGCUCAAAGAUCGGCAAGGCCAGCGACGACAGCGUAUUGCAACCGAAACGCCAGUCCCGACUCCACGAGUUCGGCUUCGUCCCUGGUGGCCUCUCUGACAUAGCCGAAGUUUCAUCGCUUAACGGUUCAAUACGGCCCCCGUUCGCAAACGAGAGGACUGCCUCCUUUGACAGCAGCAGAGAAGAUGACGGCUCUGGCAACAUGAUGACGCGGUCCAGACCCGGGGAGGGCAAUGUCCUGUUCGGUGGCCGACAGAAGAUAUACAUGGUCUCGAACAACAACUCCAAGGGCCUCGGGCGAACACUCUACGACGAUGAUGUCAACAUGUCCACAUACCAACGCCUGCGACUAGAAGAAAAGGAAAGGCUUAGGCAGCAGGCCGAGGAGCAGGAGGGCCAGCAUUCCGAACCAUCCAGCCCUUCGGCUCUCAGUCAGAAAAGAGAAACAUCCUCUUCAACAAACUCUGGCACCGUCAACACUCGCACAUCUACUGCCGCAACAUCAAUUGCAUCCCAAGGCGCCAACUCCAUCUCCGUAUCGUCACCUGCAUUCCCUCCUUCUGCAGCAUCUGCCACCUCUCCAGACCUAACUCGGGCGUCAACAAAGGUCCGAAGACUCUAUGAUCAAGGCUUGGACCAGCACAUCCAGGACCAGCAAUCGACUGCCAUGAACCGAUUGAACUCGAUACAGCGGGCUCGAGCGCCAACGGGUCGAUCGACCCCGCCCAUUCCACUACCUCAGGCACGGUCUGCAACAAACCUCAAUGAUCGUUUCAACCGGGGCCCCGUCUUCCGCUCAGACAGUCCAAAUCCACUCGCAUACCCUAACAUGAGCAGAAACAAUUCGUCCGCUGGCUCUAGCCCCGUUCUUCCUCGACCGCUGUCACCGCCUCUGAGCCCCGUGGGUAGUGAUUUCGGGGACGCCCACGCUCUCAAUGCUGCCCUUCAGCCGCACGAUCGCGGGAAAGCGACCGCUAUGGGCGCCUUCAAUAAACCAAAGGAAGCCUUUAGUGAAGAACAAUACGCAGAGCGAUUACGACAUAUGCAGCCAGAGCGGGAAGUGCGAGAGUUGACAUCCCCCAAGGAGGAAAGAUCACCACCACAGAAGCCCACUUUAAGGCAGCGUGCGGAGCAGGAGAAGCGAAAGCGAGCUGAAGCAGAGGUUGCAGAGCGACCGAGAUCCGAAUCUCCCACGGAACAGAAGCCAGCCUCGUCCGCCUUCUCACGAUUCCAGGCCGCUGCAAGCCAGAUGAAGUUUACAGGUCCCGCAACGCCUAGUUCGCCACCGACCCAGUCGGAGUCAUCAUCAAAGAAUGCAGAAACUACAGAUAUGCACAAAGGCACGACGUUCUUUGCUUCUCCGGAUUCCAGCGAUGCCGAGGAGGAAGUACCUAAGCCAAAAGUUGUUCGGGCUCAUGAACCUACUCGUAGAUUCGACCAUCUACCUGUGGCGACGGGGCCAGCACCCUCAAUCUUGGAGCACCCUGCCCUACGAUCUCGGCCUGCGUCGGAUGAGAAGGUCCAUCAGGCCAGUCUUGACUCCCCGAGCCAGAACCUCCCUCCGGUUCCCGAUCUCUCCCCGAGACUUGACAAUUCAGAAGUGGAUUCGCCAACUCUUGGUCCAGACAACGGCGGGCUAAGCGGAAUGAUCCGACAGCAUCUGCGCAACGUGAGCAACGUUUCAUCAAACUAUGGCGAGCUCGAUCAAUCUUUGGGAAGUCCUAUGGGUCUUGCCAUCCAGACUCAAGAUAUUAACCCGCAGCGUCGGCAACCGGGUUCUGAGUCCGUGACACCGGCGCCCUCGACAUACAGCCACUCCAACCCCUGGGACUUGGAUGACCUCGAUAACCCCUUCCGUGAUGAACGCGGUAGUCUCAACUCAGUGAGCCCAUCUGACCACCAAAAGACCGCACCGCUAGUAAUGAGUGCUACUGAACCAACUAGCAACUCAGCACCAUGGGACUUGACCCCCCGAAGGAACCACGAGCGCGUUGCUAGCAAUGAGACUGAAGCUGAUCACGAAGCUUUCCAGCGGGACCUUGCUCACCGACAGCGUCUCAUCCAAGAGAAUCUCCGUGCCAGGGCUGAAGGUCAAUCUACCACCUCAGCCCCUGGAUCAGCUGGAGGACUGAAGACGGCACUGAACAUGCUCCGCGCAAAGUCUAGCCGGGAGUCGUUUGCAACAGUAGAUCGACAACUCGAGAUCUCUAACAAGUCUGUGCGGAAGCUUGCACUUGGAGCCGGCUCUGCGAACGUUAGCACGACGUCUCUGUCUGGCUCAUAUGGAAGUGAUUCGCCAGCCUUGAGGCCGAAGCCUUCUCGUGUAUUGCAGCAGAGCGAGCACGACGCACAGCGGGAGAUGGAGAAUAGCCGGCAGCGAUCAGCAACCGAUAGCAGCCGGACAGGUCGAUCCACAGGCAGGUCUGGUAUUCCCACUAGAUCUUCAACACGGGAACGUUCAAGCUCUGGUACCUCCUCAGCUCGCUCCGGUAGUCGCCCUGAUCAAUACCGCGACGAUCUAGAACAGGCUAUGAUGGAGGGCUCCAGGGGUGCAUACCCGCCAAAUACGCUUCCAUCGGUGCCUGGAUACGUUGCCAACCCAACGCCACCGCUUCCCGCCGAAAGGCCAUCGCUGGACAGCCAAGGUCGCAUGCGAUCGCGAAGCAAUAGCAGGACAGCUGCAUCAAACCACUUUGAUUCAAAGCAUCUCCAGCCGAUUCAGACCGGUACUGCAUCAGGCAAUGUUUCUCCUCGCCUUCCUCUUCCCCAGCAGAAGUUUUCUCCAGGUAUACCAAUCUCGCCUCGCCCAUCACCUGGCGGCCACAACGGUCCUAACGUAAAUGGAUACCCUCAUCCAACUUCCCCGAUGCCUCCACUCUCAGCGAACCAUACCCCACCUGUUUCGAACCCUACAACGCCAAAUGCAGUUGCCUUCAAUCCAAGCACUGUACAGCCUCUGACCACCAGGCAAGGAAUGUUGCGGAAAAAGUCUAUUGCCAAAGCCGAUAUCUCGGAGCCCGUCUUUCUAUCUACCACAUCUAGCAUUGACCUAGUCAACCUGCCGCCAGGUGCGUCUCUGAAGAAUGGUGCUGAGGCCGCUGCGCCACCGGUUCCUCCGAUCAAUCCGAUGAGGCGUCGAUUCGGCUUUGGUCGUGGCGAGAGCCACAGUCCUUCUCACGAUCCUGCUGUUCAGCCCGGUCUAGAAGCCCCACGAGCCCCUUACACCGAGCCAACACGCACGAACUCAUCGGACGCACUAGCGAGCCAGACCCAGCUGCCCAGAACCAGGCUUAGGAAAACGUCAAGUGAAGGCAAGAGCCUGCGGGCAAACGCGCAAGGACCCACUGGAUCGUCUCCAGCCAUGCCACAAACAAGCUUCGGUGGACGUAAAAACUCGCCUCCACGUCCUAUCCACAAUCAGCCAAUGGUGCAACAACCCAUGAAUGGUGCCAUGUUCUAGAGACGGGACAGCGAUACCGUUACUUCUGUCAAAUUCUCAUAUUGCCUUUUCGGUACUUAUGACAUAAAAGCAAGAAUCGCCUUCAUACCUUUCACACUACUUCGUAUAUCCGCGGCACUAGUCUCCGCUUCAUUACUGUCCUACUUCCUCGUCUGCGACAACGGCCUUGUUUCUUUUCUCAGCAAUAUACCUCUAAAGUUUUCUGCGAAUUAUCAUCUCUCUUCUCCGAUCUUUCUUGCAACGAUCAAAUCAAUGAUAGGGUUUCUCCUGGCGGCUUUUGGC